AGACGCCAUCACUACCGAAGCUUGCAGAAGAAUUCAAAGCAGCAAUUACUGCUGACGCAAGCUCGUCUCCAUACAACGCAAAGCGACCACAAUUUCCAAUUAUCCAUAGUAAAUUAGACCCCCCUCAAGUCGCGCAUGCGCACUUCCCUUCCAGGUUCCGCCCGGCUCUUUGAAGCAAAGCUCCGAAGACUCGGGUGACGUCAUCCUUUCCUCCUCCCGGCGGUCUGAAAAUUGAGAGCGCGCGACGAAGCGCGCCUGCGCAUGCUCACGGCGACGCUUUGGAGGCGCCUUUAAACCAAUGGGAAACGGUUCUGGGCGCACGGCCCCGCCCCUUCUGGCGUCCGGACGACGAGGCGCGCCUGCGCGAGGAAAAAAUUUUGAAACGGACGGCGGUUAAAAGGAGAGAAAUUGGUCGCGGCGGUUGCUGUGACAGCGGAGCGGCCUAGGUGGGCCCUGAGGCGGCAGAAGCCGCGCGCGGACGGACGGACGGACGGACGGAAGGCUGGUCGAGGAGGGCCCGAGGCCUGGUGGGAAGCCUGUUCCCAGCGUUCAGACGAGACUCUGCGCCCAGGUAACGUUGCGAAGUAGUUCUUUCAAUGUGGAUGCCACAGUUUAACAUGGUUGGAUACAGCGUUAUUUCUGGCAAAUGAAAAUAAUAGGCCCUGUUGGCAUUUCUAUGCUUGGAAUUGAAAAGGAUGAAGAGAGGAGUAGCUGCCAAAAAGAAAAAGCAGAAUUUACCAGUUGCUUCAAAUAAACAAACUGAUAUAUCCACAUGGGUAGCAAAUGGCAUCAAAAGUACCCAGGAACAUAAAGACCAUAAAAUACCUUCCAGUGAAGAGACAGACUGCACCCAGGAUCCUCUUGAAGAAGCACUGGUCUUUUUGACAAAAAUUAAAGAUCGUACUUCCCUGAAGAAUGAAGCUUUGCAGAAACACUUAUUAAGUGUGGAAAAGAUUGCUCAAGAAAGAGGUUUGACUCCAGAAGAAAUUGAUGCCUUGCUGAAUAUAGCACUCAGCGGCAAGUUUGCUGAAGUGAUAAACAUUCGACUGUUGAAGAACCUGAUCCCCAUUUCAACAAUAACAGAGGAUUCAAUUGUUUCAGCUGUUUCAUGGCUUUGUGUUGGCAAAUGUUCUCGCAAUACUCAGGUUCUUUUCUUAAAAUGGUUAAUUGCAAUGUAUGAUUUGAUUGAUCGUAAAGAAAAGGUUAAUGCACUCUAUGGGUUCUUCUUCAACUUCUUACAGGAUGAAAAAUUGUGCCCCUUCAUCUGCCAUGUGCUAUAUUUGCUGACCAGAAGAGAAAAUGUGAAACCUUUCCGUGUGCGACGACUCUUAGAUUUAAGAGCCAAGAUGGGAUCAGAAGCUCCGUUGCAGGCUCUUCUCUUAAUGUAUAAAAGCUUUGCUCCAAGCAUGGUGUCUUCAAAUUUGUUCCAAAGCACAAAGAUGCGAUUUAAGAAUACAGAAAACCUGUGGAAAACUGCAAUUGGUAACAUAAAGCAACGGAUUUAUGGCAUUUCACCUACAUCACAACCAGUUUUAACAUUUCAGCCCCCAAAGAAAAAAUGGAAUCCCAAAUUGACGAUACCUGCGAGUAACAGCAAUUCUGAUUGCUCAGCUCAGAGUUCAAAGGCCAAUUGUAUCGAUUUCAACAGUCAUCCUGAAUUCUUCCCAGUGCAGCAUCUGCAGACUUUCUCCCAGCUUUUAGAGAACAUCCAUUGUUUAGAACUUCCUUCCCAAAUAGGCUCAGUGUUAGGAAAUCACCUGCUGCUCCACUACAUUAAUUGUGUCACAGACGAUGUCGUUUACCAGAGGAUGUACUAUUGGCUUGGCCAAACCUUCAGAGAAGAAUGCCCUUGGACUAAGAUUGAAAACCAGAAAUAUGAACUGGAAUUCAAAGAAUUCUUGGACACAGUUUUGGAAGCCGAAUGCUUCUUGCAGGAGGGCUUCUCAUCUUGUGAAGAAUUUUUGUACCGAAGCCUGCCCUUCUGGGAUGGCUGCUGCUGUAGGUCACAAGUCCUGCAGAUGAUCAGUUGGAUUCCCCUCAGCACCUUCUCAGAAAUGAAGCCUUAUCUCUGCAAGCCGUUGACACAGCUGUUUUUCACCUCAUCACUUUAUUUUAAGUGUAGUGUUCUUGAAAGCCUAAGGGAACUGCUACUGAACUGGCUGAAUUGGCACUUCUUGCAAACAGACAUGACAUCUGAGUUAACUGCAGAUGUCCUGAACACUUCUAUUUCAAGCCUGGUUAAUUCUAUAACAGAACUCAUCCACUUUGUUGGCCGGCUUUCAACCAUUGCCCUGCACUUGGAGAACAACUCUGCUUUUUUAAUGCACUUCAUUCUGGAUUUCUAUGAAAUAGUAUGUGACAUGUUUCAGAAGUACAAGGUCCCUUUGCUUGUGAUCCCUCCUGCAGGAGUUUUCUAUCCAGCACUUCUCAGCAUGGAUUCUGUCACAGUGGACCAGCUGUGCCACAUUAUGUUCAGGUAUCGAACCAAUUUGAUAGCUGCAAAAAAAUAUCUACAAGCCAAAAAGGCAUCGCUGCAGAUUAAGUUUAGCAGCCAGAUUUGCCAAGAAUACAACCAAUAUAUAACAAGUAUGGUUGGAUGCCUUUGGACCUCAAACGUCUUCCACACAGAUUCCCACCCUCAGGGGAUUUAUAUGGAGCCCGGAGUGCUGGAGAAGACCUUGGUGCAGGAAUACAGAAAGGCCUUGAACAUAGUGUACCAUCCGGCCUUGACAGGUUACGCUAUACUCUUUGUGCAGCAGAUACAGUCAGAACACAAAAUUCCAGAUAUCAAGCUAAUUCAGGGGAGGAGAUGGGAUUGGUACUUGGAAUAUUUGUACUCCCAAGAAUUACGAGGGUUGAAAUUCUUCAUUGAAAGUAGCAUCAGGCGUGUAUUUCGACCUCAAACAAAACCAGGCAACUACCAGUAAAUGGGUAUUGAAGAUUGACUCUUGUGAAUGGAUUUCUUCCCACCUUCUUCUGUUGAAGCGAACCUUGGAUUCUAAUGGACUCCUGUUUCUGAAGAGAGAGACCCUUUCAGUGCCUCAGUACUGAUAUCCGUACAGAUAGUUCUGGGUAACAAUAAUGGCAUGCAUACAGAUUUUUGCCCAGCUGUUCUUUGUGACAUUAAACCUUUCCUCUUUGGGUAAAGGGCUCUUUGGCCUUGAGAGUACAAACUUACUCUCACGAAAGAAAUAGAGCAUGUCUAAUUCCUGUUGCUAACUUUUUGCUUUGUUUUGGAAUUAAGCAACCCGAUUUAAUUCAUUAUUUGGAAACAUUCAAGCAAAUUACAGCAGGAUUUUCCAGCCUUUGACCAUUUUUCGACAGCUAAAUUAUCAUCUUUCACUAAUAAACCACAAAGCCCUCACAAUGGGUUGAACAAUAGUCUAAUGCAGGUUUUUCUUGUAACUUGUAGAUAAAUUGUAAAUAAUUGUAUAGAAUGUAUUUAUGCAUAAAAUGCUCUGUAAUAUAAAUUAAACAGUGUUUGGCUUUGGUUUGUUACAGUGAAACCUCAAUUUUAUGGAUUUUGGUUUUCUGAAUAUUGCAUGUGGUGGAUGAAAUUCUAUUGCAGUUUGUGGAAUGACAUCAUUUGUAUUAAGACUUUCUGAAAAAGAUACAAAUCAAAGUUUCUCGGUCUGAUGUACUCCUAUUUUUAAUCAAGAGCUUUGUUUUUGGCUUAUUUACUUUUAAACCAGCUAAUGCAACAAAGUCUUCAAUUUCCUCAUUAAGUGUUCAAUACUAUUCUGAGGCUGUGUAAAAUCAAAACUACAUCAUCAGCAAAAGUCCUCGAAUUAUAAGUCUCUUUAACUUUUCAAUCCAAUUGUUUUCUCAUCCUGUCUAAUGUCUGGAACUAACAUAAAAAGCAAAGUGACAUCCUUGCUUUGACCUCUUCUGUAUUUCACAUGGUUUCAUUAAAUCACUAUUAAUAACAUGCACCUUCUAAGGUAUGUGUACUGAUUUAAUCCUUUGAAUAAAAUUCUCCCAAAAGUCCAUGUCCUUCCAAAACUGUAAACAUAAAAGACCAAUUCACACUGUUAAAAGUUUUUUCUGCAUCCAGAAAAAUCAGUGCCACUUGCAUCUCGUUAUGUUGUUCCAGAUACUCUUAUUAUAUUCAAUAUAAUUCUCACAUUAUCUCUUAAUUGUCUUUUUGUAAGAAAAGACAAUUGUCUUUUGGUAUGGGAGCAGCUCUAGCAGACAAAAAAGCUCUACAGAGAAUCAUUAAAAUUGCCCAGAAUAUCAUCGGACUCCAGCUACCAGCCCUGGACGACAUCUUCGAAUCUCACUGUUUGAAACUUGCAGAUGACUUCCCAUCCUGCUUACAAUCUUUUUGGACUGUUGCCUUCUGGCAGAAGAUACGGAACAAUUAGAACUCAGACCACAUGGUCUUCUGAAUAGUUUUUAUCCCAGAGCUAUAAUUGCACUCAACAAUGAACUAAAGGGCCACCAUCAGUGAGCUGUUGGACAGCAUUACUUGGUCUGUUCUGUGGAUGUUUAGGUGGUUUAGGGGUGGGGAAUUGUGGUGGGUGGGAGUUUGGGGAUUGUUAUGUGUGUGGGACCUGGUCUUUGGGUGUUAAGUGAAUUUUGUUGUAUGGGUAUACUGUGUAUACACGUACAAUGACAAUGAAGUUAUUAUUAUUAAGAACUCACAUUGACCAUCAUGAGUAAAAUCCUGUAAAAUCUUUAAUCUAUCAGCCAAUAUUGGUGUAAAUACUUUAGUCAAAUUAAAUUUGGCAAUAAAGCAGUAUUUAUUAGUCUCUUUCCAAGAUUCUGGCAUAGCGGAUCCCUGCAAAAUAGAAUUCAUUGCUCUCUUCAGCGGUUGCAAAGGUUAAUCUUCAAAACAUUUAUAGUGUGAACUUUGUAUUCUAUCAGGUUUUGUUUUGGUAUUUUAUGGUGCUUUCUCUUUUUUUUCAUGGCUUUUGAGAUUUCAAAAGUUGUUAUAUUUUGUUUCAUAUUCAUAAAAUUUGUUUCUAGAUUGUGAAAGCUUUGGUAAAUUCUGGGGGUUUUUUUUCAAAUAUUCAUCAGUUUUUUUCCAGAGGGAAAAAUUUGUAUCUUUUCUACAAAUUUGCAUAAAAAUUAUGGAAGG